AUGAACAUCAUAAAAAUAGAUAUAGAUAAGAGUUGGAUCUCAAGGCCACAAGGUAGUGUCGAAUACAAGGCCGGGUUGAACAAAUUUUUGGAUUUCGCAUUUGCGAAUGCAUCAUCCGAUGGGAUGAUACAUUGUCCAUGUCCUUCGUGUGGGUUCCGGCUAUUCCAAACUAGAGAGGAUGCUUACGAUCACUUGCUGUUAAAAUCGUUUCCUGCUAAGUAUACUUUUUCGUUACAUCACGGGGAGAGACACGUAGGAGAGAGUUCUACUGAGACACAAGAAACUAACCAUGGUAGCGACUACCGAGAUCCAAUGCGCGACAUGGUUCGUGAGGCAUUCAACUUUCCAGGUUCUGUUGUCGAUGAAGAUGACUCGAGCAACAAAGAUUUUGAGGGGGAUGCCGAAGAGUUGCCUUAUUUGUACAGCAAACCUAGUCAGGCAGCCCGUCAUUUUGAUGAGCUGCUUGAGGAUGGAGAGCAGGAAUUGUAUCCGGGUUGUGCGAAAUUCUCGAAGUUGGCUUUCUUGGUCAAGCUAUACCAUAUAAAGUACAUGUGCAGCGUGAGCAACAAGGCAUUCAGAAUGAUACUAGAGUUACUGUGUGAGGCCUUUGAGCAUGCAAAGAUUCCGACUUCACUGCACGAUGCCAAGAGGAUCAUACGAAAGCUCGGUAUUGCGUACAAGAAGAUAGAUGCAUGUUCGAAUGACUGCAUGCUAUAUCAGGGCAGCGAUCAAGAACUGUCUAGGUGCAAGAUAUGUGGGACCUCGAGAUGGAAGCAAAAGACUAGGAGGAAUUCCAUUGUCCGGAUCAAUGUGGUUGUUAAGAAGAAAGGGAAGCCGCAGGCGGCGAAGGUUCUUCGGUACUUUCCCCUUGUUCCACGACUGCAGCGGAUGUUCAUGUCCAGUAAGACAUCUGUUGACAUGUUGUGGCACAAGAAAGGUCUUAACUCGGAUGGUUUUUUGAGGCAUCCACGAGACGGAGAGGCAUGGAAGGCAUUUGAUAGAAGAUAUACUCACUUCAGUGUCGAUCCACGCAGUGUUCGCUUAGCCUUAGCUAGCGAUGGCUUUAAUCCCUUCAGAAAUCUCAGCUCAAGGUACUCGAUCUGGCCCGUGAUUCUCAUCCCCUACAACCUACCCCCAUGGAGUUGUAUGAGACCCAGCUCUUUCUUGCUGUCUAUGAUUAUCCCCGGUCCCAAGAUGCCUGGUAAUAACAUAGAUGUCUACUUACAGUCGUUGAUAACAGAGUUGAAGCAGCUGUGGGGUGGUGUUGAUACGUACGACGCUAGCGAGAAAAAAACAUUCAAGCUGCAUGCUGCGCUAAUGUGGACAAUCAGCGAUUUUCCAGGGUUGGGCAACUUAUCUGGGUGGAAUACGUACGGUGGAAAAGCAUGUCCUACGUGCAACCUGGAUGCCGAGUCUAAGCGACUCACGUUUAGUCAGAAAUGGUGUUUCAUGGGUUAUCGGCACUUUCUGAAUCAAGGCCACAGAUUUCGGCAGGACCGAGUCAGAUUUGAUGGAAAGGUAGAGGUCAGAGGUCCGCCUGUAACAUUGUCGGGUGGAGAUAUUUUGAGACAGUUGGAUAAUGUGCAUGUCAAGCUUGGCAAGGUGCAAAGGGAAGCCGGUAAAAGAGCGCGCGGACAACAGGCUGCAUUACAAGAUGAGUCUCCUUGA